CUUGUAGCGCGUUGAGUUUGGCGGCCACGGCGCGGAUAUUAAUAGUGUGACAAAGUUGUUGCACUUGUCGGUGGGCUGCUGAAAGGCCUGGGUCUCUCUCUCUCUAUCUCUCUCUCACUCACUCACUCUCUCUCUCUGUGUAUGUAUGGAGUUUGUUUCUGGCUCCCCUCCCCCACUCUCCGCUGCUGUUCCUGCUCAUUCAGGAGACGCCAAGACGUGAACGUGAUGAGAGGCUCACCUCAAGAUACAGUUGCAGAGCAAAAUGACAUUUCCCCGUGAUCGAUUUAGGCUUAAUUCAGUGUAAAUGCACACAUGCAUCUGCAAUCGCAGCCACUGUAACCCUAAUGCUUGAGCCUCGCAGGUAGAGAGGGGUGCGAUCAGAGGUGAUGGAUCCGUCACCAUUUACCUCCAGCUGUCAUCCCCGGCACAUUGGGAUUGGUUAUUCCUGCACAUCUGGCCGCACGCACGGUGCACGUGCCGCUCACACUUCAGCACUGGGCAGCAUUUGAUUACAGAACAGCCGGUUUUGUCUUUUGUUCAAUCAGGAUAAAUGAUUUGUGUAUGCAUUGAAUUAGACAGAGAGUGGGCGUGCCCUAAAGGGAAGGGUACUGGCAACCUAGAAAGAAAUACUUCUCAUAUAAUCACAGUGAGAGAGUGUGGGUGCCAGCCUUUUUAUAAAAUCCAAAUAAUCAUCAUUUUUAGUCCAAUUUGAGUCAACAAGUGCCCCGAGCUAUAAAUAGAGAAGUAAUUUACACAGAAAAUGUAAGAUGAAGACAAGGUUAAAUGUCAAGUUUUUUUUUUCUUUUUUGCGUUUUUUACAAGGAUUUGGAUCUGCCAGCAAACUGUCAAAAAAAAUAAAUAAAUAAAUACUGGCUUUGGCACGGAUAUGUGAAUUUAUCCAGUCAGCUGUGGCUACAUUAAACCUUAAAUUAAAUACAGAAGCCAUAUCUCGGCAGCUUAGUCAUAAGCUGCUCAAGCUCCAGCCAAGAAAUGCUCUAUGAAUACAUGAGGAGCAAAAUAUGUCCUUGAAAAAUGUGUUCGCUAAAAUAAUUUCGAGUGCGGCGCUCUGCAGAUGAUUCUGCCAUUAGACCUAUAGCAGAGGGAUUAAUUAAAAUUAGAACAUGGAAUGAGGAUUGAUACAGUAACCUAUCAAAAGUCUUCUUCACUUUUUCUAACUGUAAAAGGUACUAAGGGUGUUUAAUUAUUUAGCUCAAAAUAUAAACCCCUUAGAGAACUUAGGUGAUGUUUUAAUCGUGUUUUAAAUUAGGUUUGGAAAGGUGUUGGAAGUAGCGAUAUGUCCUGUGCAUAUAAAUCAGUUAUAUUCAUGCUGCUGAGUAAAAAAUCCAUCUUAUCUAUUGAACCACAUAAGAAGCCAGAAGUGUUUAGACUUGAGUUUCUUAUUAGUUUUUCUAUUCCUCUGUACAUAGGUGGUUUUGUAGCUUAAUCAUACCUAAAUGUUUCAGAUCUUGACACAAAUUUUAAAUCAGACAAACAUAAUAGGGGUCAAUACCAGAUGGAGUUUUCAAAUUAUGGUUUCAUUUCUUAAGGGAAAUGCUAACCAAACCAACCUGGUCCCAUUGGACAAAGCAUUCAUCCUGCUAAUUCAGGCAUUUACCACCUUUUAAUGGAAAGCUGAGUUACAUUUGAAUUAUCCCAGGAGUGGCUCACUUACCAAAACUACUCUAAGAGUUCCCAGGCCAAAACUAAAGACCUCACAAAAGAGACAUUGAUAUCCCCGAAGACUUUCAGGAAACUAUUUUGUGGACUGAUCAGACAAAAGUCAAACUUUUAAAAAGGUGUAUGUCUUUACAUGUUUUGUAAAGCCAAUAUAGCAUUUCAGAAAAUUCUGCCCGUCUGUGGUUGCUAUGGGAAAAUCUUGGGCUAUUUUCUGCUUCAGAGUUAAUUUGUUUUUGCUGUAGCGAAACAUGAAUAAUGAUACGUUAAAACAUCUUGAAAAAGGAUUUCCAUCCUUCAGUUUGUCACUUUAGGCUCAAUAGCACUUGGAUUAUGCAGUGGAAAAGUGAUCCAAAGAAUAAUCACCAAGUCCACAUCUUUCUCAAAAAAGAAGGUUUUGUAGUGGCCUGAUUUGGUGCUCAUAGGUUAUCUUUGUCUGAAAAGUUGUUUGACGAUCUGAAAGGUUUGAAAAAAAAAAUCUUUAAAGCUCCAAAUACUUCUUCACAGUACAGUACUUAGCAUUACUUAACAACUCUUGAAACGAUUUUUCAAGUUUUCAAUAUAGAAAGCUUCUCUCCAUUUUUCCUUUCACUUUCUUUGCUGAGGAGAAAUAGACUUGUACAACAUGGAAAGAUUUUAUUUGCCUCAAGUUAGAAGAUGACUGGCCAAAAUCUGGACAUGACUUUGCAAAUAUUAUCUGAGGCCUGUGAAGGAAAAAUGUGUCAUCACAGGCCUCAUUUGCUUCUGCUAAUGAGGUGGAAGCAAAUGAAAGUUGAAGACAGUUUCUCUUCAAAUUUCUUUUUGGCUGAAGCUUGGGUAGAGCAGGACAGACAAAACAAGUGGUGAGAACUUUUUUUUUGCUGACAGAAAGGAAAAUGGUUGUAAAUAUUAUUGCUACCCUGGGACAGUGUGAAUUAUUUGCCCAGCAUAUUAUUAAACUAAUUGAGAUUCAUAUUUCUUUCCAAGUCUUUUCAUACAUUAUGUUCAGAAUACAGUGCAUGUAUGUCUGAUAAUUCAAUUUAUGAAUUGCUGAUUUAGCAUUCGUCUAAGAAUGAACCUUUGUGCGAGUGUGCUAGCAAUGGUCUGCCUUCGUUGUCAUGUGAGCUGCCUCUCAUUAUAUAUUUUCCCUCCUUGCAGGAGCUUUUUCAGAGAAGCAUAACUAGAAUACUGGAUCCAAGAGUUGUGCAGCGUGGGCACUGCAGGGUUCAUGGAUGCUGGGACUAUGAGCAUCAGCGACCAAAGGGGCUUCAUCUCCGACCUGGGAGGCAGCUUCACUGAGGAUGCUCCCAGACCUCCAGUUCCCGGGGAGGAAGGAGAGCUGGUGUGCAGUGACGGUCGCCAGCACGGCAACCUCACCUUCUCCUCCAAGAAUGAGGGCGCCAAAUGUGAGGCGUCUGUGGCCACGCCCAGGCGGUCAGACCUGGAUCUGGGCUACGAGCCAGAGGGCAGUGCUUCUCCAACACCACCCUACUUAAAAUGGGCAGAGUCCCUUCAUUCUCUCCUGGAUGACCAGGAUGGCAUCCUUCUGUUCGGGAAAUUUCUCAGGCAAGAGGACUGUGCGGACAUGCUGGACUUCUGGUUUGCAUGCAGUGGCUUUCGCAAACUGGAAGCCAGCGAGGGGAACGAGGAGAAGAAAGUAAAGCUGGCGAAAGCCAUCUAUAAAAAGUACAUCCAGGACAACAAUGGAAUUGUCUCCAGACAAAUCAAACCAGCUACCAAGUCUUUCAUCAAAGAUUGUUUGAUGAGGCUUCACAUUGAUCCUGCGAUGUUUGACCAGGCUCAGACCGAGAUACAGAGCAGGAUGGAGGAAAACACUUAUCCUUUGUUCCUCAAAUCUGACAUAUAUUUGGAAUACACACGGACAGGAGGAGAGAGCCCCAAGCUGUGCAGCGACCGAAGCUCUGUUUCUGGGAAUGAAAAGGGACUGACAGGGUAUUUACCAACUCUAAAUGAAUAUGAGGGGCCAGAGGAGACCGAGCGUGACCUGACCCCAAGCAGCCAGCUCACUCAGAAGCUGUUGAUGGAGACGGUACCGCAGCAAGCUGCCAGCAGUGCAAAAUUCCAGGACAGCCAGGAGUACAGGCAUGGCCCGUGUCGAGAAUCCAUCAACCCGUACUACGUCAACAUUGGUCAUGUUCUGGCCCCAGCCACCAGUGCCAAUGACAGUGAGCAGCAGAGCAUAUCCAGUGACGCAGAGACACUUUCGCUCACAGACAGCAGUGUAAAUGGUGUUCCACCGUACCGAUACCGCAAACAGCAUCGCCGGGAGAUGCAUGAGAGUGCCAAAGCAAAUGGGCGAGUGCCACUACCUCAUUUUCCACGCACAAACCGGAUUCCAAAGGACAUACACGUGGAGCCGGAGAGGUUCGCUGCAGAGCUGAUCAAGAGGCUGGAGGGCGUCCUGAGGGAGAGGGAGGCUGAGGAGAAACUGGAGGAGAGGCUGAAAAGAGUGCGACUGGAGGAAGAAGGAGAUGAAGUGUCCUCACCCUCAUCAUUACCCAGUCAAAGAUUCCCCCCUAGUGCUUAUUCACUGAAUUACAACCCCCGCUAUGCUGACAUCACAUACAGCAGUCCUUUUGUCCAAGAUGCUCACGAGGAAAACCCAGAGAGUAUCCUGGACGACCACGUCCAGCGGGUCAUGAAGACGCCCAUCUGCGAGUCUCCAGGAACCGGGCGCCAUUCCCCCAAGUCGCGCUCUCCAGAUGGUUUCUCAGGGGUGAGAGGGGUGGCACAAUCAGGUCAGGGGAAACAUUCAGCCAGACACGGUUUGAAAGGAGAGACGAGCCAUGGGUACCACCACAAAUAUGUGCCUCACAGUCACACGACUGCGGUGGACCCUGAAGGGGCCACGCGUACAUAUGGCAACCCCUUCUGGAACCUGGAGACGAGCUGUUACGGCUCAAAAUCUCGAAGCUAUGCAGACGGCAUGACAUCUAACCCUGUGGAGCACAUAGGCUACAGCAGCAAAACUGGCCCGCAGUGUAAAAGGGCGUUCAAGAGAAGUGAAGAGGCGAGAGCUUAUGAUGUGCCAUGGCCUGCGGAGGAAGUGGAGAAAAAACAAAAAAUCCUGUUGUGGCUGAUGGAGGGACAGAAAGAAAUGGCUCAACAAAAAAGAAGCCCACAUGGGAGUGUCAGUGGGUCCAAGAGGACUGCGAACCAUGAGGGAUCUCGCCUCGGCUCCUCAGACAGAUCAGGGUCCAUGCAUUCAUGCCUCAGCGGUCAAGGGCGCAGCAACGUGCAGCCGUUUCACCCAUUCAUCCAGGACCCUACUAUGCCUCCUAACCCGGCUCCCAGUCCCCUCAUCCAACUGGAGGAAGUUUGUCGACGGCUUGAAGAGGAAAAGCUGAAGUCUGGAUCUCUGCAGCCCAAGCAGAGGUAUGUGAUGGAGGUGAUCCAAAGGGGUCGCGCAGCAGUCAGGCCUGCACCGGUCCCUCUGCUCAACGUGGUGCCCGCCGUUUCAGACAGUGAGCUCUCCGAGCCAGAACAUAAAGCCACUAAAAAGCAAUCAUGUGAGAAUAUUACUGUGGCCUACUACUUUUGCGAGGAGCUGAUACCGUACAGGACGUCUGUCAGAGGGAGGGUUGUCACAUUGGGCCAGUUCAAAGAACUUCUUACAAAGAAAGGAAACUACAGAUAUUAUUUCAAGAAGGUGAGCGACGAGUUUGACUGUGGGGUGGUGUUCGAAGAGAUACGCGAGGAUGACGCCGUCUUGCCCAUCUUCGAGGAAAAGAUCAUCGGGAAAGUUGAAAAGGUUGACUGAUGUGAACGCCGAAGGGGAAAAAGGCAAAGCUGAAGUGGAGAGCAGAAGCCGAAGGUGAAAAGGAAGUGAGAAACAGAGAUCAGAGGAAAGUGAGACAGCAGGGAUGGUUAAGAAGUGCUGAACAGAAGACCUCAUUCACAUUUUUUGGAGUUCGAUGUAGCAUUGUAAAGUUUUCUAGACAGAUGAAGAACAAAAGGACUCCUGAAGCUGCAUAUUUUUGAUAAAGAUAGAUCAGAGGAAGCCUUUCCUGAAGUAGCAGCACUUCCAAUUUUUUAAAUGUCCAGAUACCAGAUAUGUACAGUUUGUGUUAAAAGGGUAAUCACUUUUUUAUUAUUAUUAUUGUAUUUCAUCUACUUAAAAUGAAAUGGUUGAGUUUUAUUAAAAUUAAAAGUUGAAGUUAAAGUUGAUAGAAAAUCCUUUUCAAAGCCGACAUUUUUUCUUUUUUUUUUUGGCUUGAAUGUUUGUGAUCUUCUAAGUGCUUUUAUAUGUUAUCAGAACUUUAUUUUGAUAGGCUGCUUGUUUAUCCACAUGUUGUGAACACGUUUUCUCAGUUGAGGUUUUCUUAAUCUUACAGACGGACUCCUCAGAAUCUUUUGGCACAGUUUGGAAGGUUUAAUGUCAUUUAAGAUAUUUAAUGGACAAUGAGAGUAAUUUCAUAUCAAAUUAAUCUAUUUAUUACAAGAAUAUCAGAACUGACUCAGUUGUGUGAAAUAUUUCUGGUGUUCCUGGUUUGGUGUACACUGACUGGCAAUAAAGCUAGCACCAUUUUUAGGUGACUAGAUUUAUUUAUUUUUUUGCCCAAUAGCAGCUAAAAGUAACAAAAGAAAUGUGAUGCAAUAAUUUCUAAACUAAAAAGAAAAAUUGGAAUCCAAAUGUGAAUCUAUGCAAAAUUAUCACAAAAAGUAUUUGCCUCUUGGCAUAUUUCUUCUAAUUUUUCCCUUUUGGUCACUUUCCUUCAGAUCAUCAAAGAAAUUUUCAUAUCAAGCACAACCACAGUAGAGACAAAAUGUUUUCAAAUUAUUUAUGUCAGAAACAAAAGCUCUCCAAACCAAUAUGGCGCCCUAUGCGCGGAAGCGUAAUUACCCUCCAAACAUUAUAAUUGGUUGUGUGACUCUUGCCAGCAAAAACUACCAUCAGUCUUUUAACUAGUAGAGAUUCUUUUAAAUAUUUUUUUGAAUCUUUGGAUAUGUAGUUACUAUUGAAUAAUAUUUUAUGCUUAAACAUUUUCAUGUUAAUGCUAUCUGUAAAACUAAAAAAGCAGCUAUUUUACUGGUAGGUUAUAAGAAGAAAAUCCCUGAAACUUUUGUUGUUUUUUUUUUCAUUUUUUUUUUGCAUUUGACUUGCAGUCAGUAAUUGUCAUUAUGUUUCUUUUCCAAGAUUACUUAAAGAAUGAACUCCAUCAUACAUAUGUUGUUGCAGUAUUUCUUUUAUUGCAACUUUAAACCUUGAAUAACUCUGUAGUCUGUAAAUCAAUGAAAACGCAGGCUGAUUCCUAACCAGAAGCCUUCUCUGUGUGCCUGGCAGGAGUAUUUUGAUCUAUAUGUGAUAAACACAUUUUGCACCAAAGAAAAAAAAAGAUAUCCUUCCGAACGACCCAUUUAAAUGUUAUUUUACAGCAGCGCUUUAUGUCACAGUUGCUACUUUUUCGUAGUAGAAAACACACUGAAGAUCUAACCUGUUUUUAUGAUUGAGAUUUUCUUAGAAAUAUCAGCAAAGGACUGAAGAAACACUUGAUGAAGCUUGCAGAGUUACCGUUUUCCUUCUACUCGAUGAGUAAAAUGUCUCUGUCAUUUUACAUAGCCUACCAUCCUGGCCAUGUGAAGACAAUGCUAAGGAUAUUUUCUGCACUGAAAUGGCACAAAAACUAAUACUAACGGCUCGGUGUCGGCCAAGUUUGCAAAGACAAAAUGGGGAUUCAAGGCCACCACAUUUGUUUGUUUUUUUAUUUCUUAUCAUUGCUCUGGAAUCCAUAGUGAGAAAUGAGCCAUUGUAAGGAAGUGGAUUCUUAUAGCAAACAAGAACACUGGUAGACCAUGAAUGCAGAGUGCUGUAUGUGUUUUAUUGGAACACGGCAUGUUACAUUUUUUCUUUGUUUUUAAAGAUGCUGCUUUUUAGAUUACUAACUUAAAUCAAUUUAAUAUAUUUGUUGUUUAUUAGUGUCUAAUAAUUACUGGCUUGUUAGUUUAUGUGGUUUCAACAUCCUCUGUUUGAGUUAUUUUUCAUCCCUUUGAAACAAAGAAUCUGUUCUGUAUGAGCUCAUUCUCCUUAUUAAAUCAAUGUAAUGUAUACACUGAAUUACAGAGUGCCUUUAUUGCUGUGCUAAUGAUGUCUGCAGCCCAACGUGACACAAUUUCCUCCUUUGUUGAGAUUUUUUUUCAUGUGAAUCACUUUUUUUCAACCUAUUUAUGUAAAUGUAAAUAUGUAGAAUCUAAGCUGUCAGCAGUAAGCAGCUCAGCCUUCACAUUUACAGUCUUGGACCUGUUUUUUUUUUCUUGUUUUGUUCACUAAUUAGCAUGGUGACCAUUUUAAGGUACCAGAAUAAUAAAUUCAUGCAAUAAA